CAACAUUUGGGACUGCGCCUGCGCGGCGGCCAUUUUUGUUGUUGGGGAACCCGCAGUGUUUUGAAGCUCUGGAAAACUCUGUCACUUUUUGAUUAAACCUCGCUUCUAAGCCUCUUGUUUGUGAGUUUUUUUUCUCGGAGGAAACCUCAAACUUCAGGUGGAAAAUGGCGCAGUACAAAGGAGCCGCUAGCGAGGCUGGAAGAGCCAUGCAACUGAUGAAGAAGCGGGAGAAAGAGCGAGAACAGCUCGAGCAACUGAAGCAGAAGAUAGCAGAGGACAACAUGGUGAAGGCCAACAUCGACAAGAAGUUCUCUGCUCAUUACGACGCCGUGGAGGCUGAGCUGAAGUCCAGCACCGUUGGUCUGGUGACGCUAAAUGACAUGAAGGCCAAACAGGAGGCGCUGGUGAAGGAGAGGGAGAAACAGCUGGCUAAGAAGGAGCAGUCCAAAGAGCUCCAGCUCAAACUGGAGAAGCAGAAGGAGAGGAAGAGAAAGGAGGAACAGAAGAGGAAGAUAGCCAGUUUAUCCUUUAAUCCUGAAGAAGAAGAGGAGGAAAGUGAGGAGGAAGAGGCAGAAGACGAGCUAGAUGAAGGUCCAGUGAAGAAGAAGAAGUUGGGUAAAAAUCCAGACGUGGACACGAGUUUCCUGCCUGAUCGGGACAGAGAGGAGGAAGAGAACCGGCUCAGAGAGGAGCUAAGGCAGGAGUGGGAGCUGAAGCAGGAAAAGAUUAAGAAUGAGGAGAUUGAAAUCACAUUCAGUUACUGGGACGGGUCUGGACACCGGAAAACCGUCAAGAUGAAGAAGGGUAACACCAUCCAGAACUUUCUGCAGAAGGCCCUGGAGGUCCUGAGGAAAGACUUUAGUGAGCUAAGAUCUGCUGGAGUGGAGCAGCUGAUGUACAUCAAAGAAGAUCUGAUAAUCCCACAUCACCACAGCUUUUACGACUUCAUUGUCACCAAAGCCAGAGGGAAGUCUGGGCCGCUGUUCAGCUUCGACGUCCAUGACGACAUUCGGCUGGUGAACGACGCCACGGUGGAGAAAGAUGAGUCUCACGCAGGUAAAGUGGUGCUGAGGAGCUGGUACGAGAAGAACAAGCACAUUUUUCCUGCCAGCCGCUGGGAACCGUAUGAUCCGGAGAAAAAAUGGGACAAAUACACGAUCCGGUGAUCCUCCUCCGUGUUCCAGGAACCCCUGAUGGCCAUAUUUCUGUCAUAUUUUCUCAGAACUUGUAAUCAUUGUCGUUUUCUGUAAAGUGCCGCUUGGCUCUUUGUACCUAAUAAACUGUGAAAGCGUCUCGCGGG